CUGGAGUGGGGAUGGUCUGUCGGUGGCUAUAAACUGCUUCUCAUCAGGAAACUACAUUAGCUCACCAUCACUUCAAAGGUCUCGUCAGACAGAGGUGACGCCAGGAGAUGAUUUAAAGGUGAAAAUGACAAGGUUUCCACCCCUCAAACCCUGGUUCCUUUUCUGACAAUACAGUGAAUGAACCCAACGUCUUCUUAACUGUGGAAAUAGGAUCGGAAGAGGAAAGCCUUUUUUUUUUUCUUCUUUAAUUCUUGAUAAAGAACUGCUGGGAAGCAUUCUCUUUGAAUAUCUGAGAAUUGUGGCACAGAUGGAUUUUAAAAAGUGUUAGCUCUUUCCAAUGAACACUAGGAGAGUGCCCUGCUCUUGGCUGGAUUUUUCAGAGAAUGGCAAUGGUCUCUGCGAUGUCCUGGGUCCUGUACUUGUGGAUAAGUGCGUGUGCCAUGCUGCUCUGCCAUGGAUCCCUCCAGCACACCUUCCAGCAGCACCACCUGCACAGACCAGAAGGAGGGACCUGUGAAGUGAUCGCAGCCCACAGGUGUUGUAACAAGAACCGUAUAGAGGAGCGGUCGCAAACAGUGAAGUGUUCCUGUCUACCAGGGAAAGUGGCUGGGACAACAAGAAACCGACCUUCCUGUGUGGAUGCCUCCAUAGUGAUUGGGAAAUGGUGGUGUGAGAUGGAGCCCUGUCUAGAAGGAGAAGAAUGUAAGACACUCCCUGACAAUUCUGGAUGGAUGUGUGCCACAGGCAACAAAAUUAAGACCACAAGAAUUCACCCAAGAACCUAACAGAAGCAUUCAUUAUAUAAAAUAGGAAAAUACGUUGUGAGGAGGUGAAAUAUCUGACGAACUUGCAAGCCAAAUGGAUCUCUUAUUUGUACUUUGACUGGUUACCAGAUAAUCACAGUGCAUUUGCUCUGUGACACAAAGUAUCCCAUAAGAAGACUCGGGAUUUUCUGACAACAUCAUGGAAAAAUGGCUUAAAAAAAAAAAAAACGAGUUUUCUCAGUGAAAUUUGGAGGAUCAUGAAGAACGAUCAACCGUCUUCUAACUUGAAACUACCGUUACUUUGUACCAUUUGAAAUAUAUGUAUAUAUAUAAUAUUUUGAAAUAUUAUAUAUUCUCUUCGAGAAAUGAACAGUACCACAAUGUGAGGUGGCUGGUGUACCCCUUUCAGUUUUGGAUGUUUGGUCGGUUUUGUUUCAUUUGCCAUUUCUUUUUCUCUUGGUAAGGAAGAUACACACCCGUGUGAGAAUCCAACACGGCACUCUCCCUGGAAGGCCAGCUGCAGACGGACUCGUGGAAUCUGAGGCAUCCUAACAAUACUGAGUCAAGAGCUUCCCUCUGUUUCUACCUGGUGACCCAAGGAAGCUCAUCGUCUUCUUUUAUUGCUUUCGACCCUGUGCAAUAUUAGCAUGCAAGCUUGGCUUACAUAACCAUACUUUAUAUUCGAUUGAUAUAUAAUAACCGUUCUAACCUCUUCCAGGAAAGUAUUUUUAGAACUACUAGCUUUUCCACAGAUAAGCAAAUGAGGAUUCUUGCGGGAGCUGCUCCACCACACUAUUAAGACUCUGGCAGGAUGGUAGGAUGUAGAUCCCUAUAUUAAUAAGUCCUGUAAAUACAAUGUCUUAGGGCUUUGUAUAGCUGUCCUAGACUGCAGAAGUGUCCUCCGAUUAAAUCCAAAGUCUGACAUCGUUAACGACGUAGUGCUGUAGUGACAAGUCUUAUCAUGGCACCUCUUUCUAUGUUUGAUUUGCUUUUUCCUAGAGUAUUCGCAUCUCCUCUGGUGAGAUAGGAAGGCUAUGAAAGCAAUUAGGUUUCCCAAUGAUCUAUGUGACCAAAUGUUGGACAGCCCUAUUAAAGUGGUAAAUAACUUCUUUCUUAA